AAUAAAACUACAGUGCGAGGCUAGGAGAUCAGAAAUACACAGGUAGGUGUUAGAGGCAAGAGGUAUUACUUAAAUUUUAAACUUCAGUAAGUAAAAAUCAAUAGAUAAUUGCUAAAAUUGAAAAAUCAGUAACAUUAUAAUUCAAACAGAACAAGCAACAAGGGUUGAAAAAUGUUUGCUCCUGGGAGAAAGUAAGGAUUAGGGCUGACUCAUGAAGGUCCUGGAGAAAUGGGGAAACCAGUCGUCAUUCCUAAAGAGGAUCAAGAAAAGAUGAAAGAGAUGUUUAAAAUCAAUCAGUUCAAUUUAAUGGCAAGUGAGAUGAUUGCACUCAACAGAUCUUUACCAGAUGUUAGGUUAGAAGGGUGUAAAACAAAGGUGUAUCCAGAUAAUCUUCCUACAACAAGUGUGGUGAUUGUUUUCCACAAUGAGGCUUGAAGCACACUUCUGCGAACUGUCCAUAGUGUCAUUAAUCGCUCACCAAGAAACAUGAUAGAAGAAAUUGUUCUAGUAGACAAUGCCAGUGAAAGAGACUUUUUGAAAAGGCCUUUAGAGAGUUAUGUGAAAAAACUAAAAGUACCAGUUCAUGUAAUUUGAAUGGAACAACGUUCUGGAUUGAUCAGAGCUAGAUUAAAAGGAGCUGCUGUUUCUAAAGGCCAAGUGAUCACCUUCCUGGAUGCUCAUUGUGAGUGUACAGUGGGAUGGCUAGAGCCUCUCUUGGCCAGGAUCAAACAUGACAGGAAAACAGUGGUGUGUCCUAUCAUUGAUGUGAUCAGCGAUGAUACUUUUGAGUACAUGGCAGGCUCUGAUAUGACCUAUGGCGGGUUCAACUGGACGCUCAAUUUUCGCUGGUAUCCUGUUCCCCAAAGAGAAAUGGACAGAAGGAAAAGUGAUCGGACUCUUCCUGUCAGAACACCUACCAUGGCAGGAGGCCUUUAUUCGACAGAUUACUUUCAGAAAAUUGGAACAUAUGAUGCUGGAAUGGACAUUUGGGGAGGAGAAAACCUAGAAAUUUUGUUUAGGAUUUGGCAGUGUGGAGGAACUUUGGAAAUUGUUACAUGCUCACAUGUUGGAUAUGUGUUUCGGAAAGCGACACCUUACACGUUUCCAGGAGGUACAGGGCAGAUUAUCAAUAAAAAUAACAGACGACUUGCAGAAGUGUGGAUGGAUGAAUUCAAGAAUUUCUUCUAUGUAAUUUCUCCAGGUGUUACAAAGGUAGGUUAUGGAGAUAUAUCAUCAAGAGUUGGUCUAAGACACAAACUACAAUGCACACCUUUUUCUUGGUACCUAGAAAAUAUUUACCCUGAUUCUCAAAUUCCACGUCACUAUUUCUCAUUGGGAGAGAUACGAAACGUGGAAACAAAUCAGUGUCUAGAUAACAUGGCCAGAAAAGAAAAUGAAAAAGUUGGAAUUUUUAAUUGCCAUGGUAUGGAGGGUAAUCAGGUUUUCUCUUACACUGCCAACAAAGAAAUUAGAACAGAUGACCUUUGCUUGGAUGUCUCCAAACUUAAUGGCCCAGUUACAAUGCUCAAAUGCCACCACCUAAAAGGCAACCAACUGUGGGAGUAUGACCCAGUGAAAUUAACCCUGCAGCCUGUGAACAGUAAUCAGUGCCUGGAUAAAGCUACAGAAGAGGAUAGCCAGGUGCCCAGCAUUAGAGACUGCAAUGGAAGUCGGUCCCAGCAGUGGCUUCUUCGAAACAUCACCCUGCCAGAAAUAUUCUGAGACCAAAUUUACAAAAAAA